CGCCCAGAAGUAUGCUGGAAGUAUGUUACCCUACUGGCUUCCGCCUCAUGUUUGGAAACACAGCCUGCCCGUCGCAGCUGAAGGAAGCCCCAACUGUGAUGUGGAGGGCUAACCCUUAUCGCUACUACACCCUCAUCGUAGCAGAUCCCGACGCUCCUUCGCGAAUAGCUCCAGAGGACCGGGAAUGGUUGCAUUGGCUGGUCAUCAAUAUCCCCGGAGCAAACCUGGCUGCUGGGGAGACCGUCUUUGACUACCUGCCCCCCGGCCCACCACCUAAGACUGGCCUGCACAGAUACGUCUUCUUGGUGUAUGAACAGCCUUCGAGGAUAUGCUUUAAUGGACCAAGAGAAUUCAAGAAUCGUGGCAAAUUUUCUGCCGAGCAGUUUGCAGCGCAGAAUGGACUGGGCAUUGCUUACGCGGGCAACUUCUUCUUGACCCAGAACGAGUCAAACCCGUGAGAUUUGGAGGGGCAAGUUGUGGUUACAGAUAUAAUAAACGUUUACAUAAAACUACUGACUAUA